UAACCUAACCUAAAAUUGAGAUUUUCCAAAAUCGAAAAGACUCUCUCGAAAUUGGUAAAUUUAACUAAUUUCUAAGUAAAGUUUGCAAAUCCCCAGACCCUGAAGUCGUGAAAAAUAAAUAAAAAUUGUCCUAAAAUGCAUCGGCUCGACAAAUUAUUCACACAAGUUCGUAAAACAAACAGUGUUGUUAAAUCUUAUCCAACACUCUCGAGAUAUUUGUCCUCGGAAAAAUCAAAGGACGGAGGAGUGGAAGACAUAGCAAAAAAAUCUGAAGAAACGAGUGUGCCAGUUGAAAAUGUUGAUAAUAUCCUGACAAAUUUGGGCCUGGAGACUGUGCAAAGUGAAGAAGAAAAAGUAAAAUUAAGUGGUUUUGCCAAAGCCUACGAAAGAUAUACAGCUCCCGAGGAAAAAGAAGUAGAAGAGCCAAAAACUUUUGCAAAUUUACUCCGGAAUUCGAAACUCAUCGAUCUUGGAGAUCCCGAGGGAAAAGUAGUAAGAGGAAAAAUCCUGCACAUUAUUGAUGAUGAUUUGCACAUCGAUUUUGGAUGGAAAUUUAAUUGUGUUUGCAAACGUCCUGCAAGAAAUGGGAGUGAUUAUGUGAGGGGUUCCAUUGUGCGUUUGAAGAUAAAAGAUUUGGAAUUAUCUACCAGAUUCUUAGGAUCACAAAAAGAUUUAACAAUUCUUGAAGCUGACUGCACUCUCCUCGGUCUUAUUUGGUCGCCCUUGAGAGGAAAAAAGCCAGAAACUCAAUUACGCCCUGAAAUGUAAAUAAACUUUUUUAGAUUUUAAUAAAAUUUAUUUGUAAGUUAG